AUGACAUCUGAAUUUGAAAAUAAUAAGAUGGCCGGCGAAUAUUCAAGUAAGGGGAAAAAGUGCAAAAAAUGCUGUCAAACAGGACUACAUUUGACAAAAAAUGGAACAUGCAUACAGGCCAUGAGGCCUUUUAGCUCACUUGGUAAUAGCAGCCAGCAUGCAUCCAACGAAAGCGAGUUUGUAAAAUUAAUACUUGAAAGUAAAGUAGAGAAAGGCCCACCAAGUUCUUUUGAAGACCACCAGGCUGAUGUUCUUGAGAUCGAUUCAAUCAUACAACAGCUUGAGUCAUGCUUUGAAAAGUAG